AGUAGGACCCACCUUCUUCUCCCCGAUCUUUGGCGCCCCCUCCUGCGAACCAGGAGUCGCAAACUCCAAAUUCCAAAUUCCAAAUUCCGACCAUCGGAGGACUCAACCCCUCUCUCUCUCUCUCUCUUCCCCGGAGCUUCUGAGCGGAGCGAGACCCUUGGAUUCUGGGAUGGUAGGGAAUUGCUUGGCUUCGCCUCUGCUCAACCUUGCGCCCAGCGAUAAUGUGACUGUUGCACUUUCUAGUGCUGCUUUAAGCACACAUGUCUCCAGUUGGCCCAUAUCUAAAGUGACCAGCUUAGCUUGGCCUCCAAGUCUCUUUGCUAAGAAAUGGGUAGUACGUGCAACUGCUGUAAACGUAGAUUUAAGUGAAGAAGAGAAGAGAACAUGGGAAAGAUGUAGAGAUGCUCUUUCUGUGUUCAAUUUCAGCAAUGAGGAGGAGGACAAGAUGCUUGGUAAAGCAUUUGGCCAGAUUCAUUCACCUUACUGGGGUGAAGAACGGAAAAAGGAAGUCCCUACCUACGAAGCUCUAGGUGAAACUUUAGAUUAUUUGAGGAGUUUAAGCCUCUCGGACGACGAUCUUUGCAAGUUGCUCAAGAAGUUCCCUGAGGUUCUCGGAUGCAAGCUCGAAGAAGAAGUGAAGAGCAAUGUCAAAGUCCUGGAAAAGAUUGGGGGAUAAAGGGCAAGUCUCUCCGCAAUCUUCUGCUCCGAAAUCCAAAAGUCUUAGGUUAUAACAUUGAUUGCAAGGGAGAUUGUAUGGCACAGUGCACGAGAUGCUGGGUUCGAUUUUAAGCUUUUGAAGAUUCUCCAACACGACGCCUCUAUAAUUGUGAUGUGAUUCUUUUGUAUGUAGGUCUUAGAUAGUUUUUUUAUAUAUGUUAAAUGCAGCAUAGCACUUCAUACUCGAGUAACUUUGGAAUAAUAAUGAUCAGAAACCUUGUAAUGGAGGUUUUUUUUUCUAUU